CGUGUUAUUGAGAACGUGUGCUCCUCGCUACUAAAAUUGUAAACAAAAUGACCUAAAAGCACCAUCAAAAUCCAUAACUAAAGAAUAAUUUAUGAUAAUAAAAAAUCUAACACACUCUCGUCUCAUUUUUCCCAUUCUUCCAUAGCUCUAACAUUAUUUUUCUUGGCCUUGCUUGGAUUAUUUGCCUUUUCUACUUGGGUUAUUUAUAAGUUUCGGUGUGGAGGAAAAAACUAAUCAAGUGGACGGCCAAUUACAUAAUAACACACCUAACAGUGCACAUCUGCUACUAAACCAUUACCAUAAGUAAAAAGAAUGGACGGGAAAAUUGUCCCCGAAAGACACAAGCGGAAACAAAAGAAUCCCGAUUUGAAACUUAAGAUGGCGACCGAUUUGUCCGUCGACAAUGCCAACGGAAACGAUCAUCAUCCCACGAUGAUGAACCUGACGAUCCCGAAGCCGAGGUCCGCAGUGACCACAUCCUCGCAGUUGCAGACGAAUACGCAAAGCAGUACGACAACGACACGCGUUACCUCUUCGCAACGAGUCCAUGUGACCUCCUCCGACCUGAAGGCAUCUAACAUGAAAUCUGAUCUCAUCGAAAUGAAGAACAAUCUGAACGACAUGAAGAGCAGCAUAUCGAAUCUGAACAAGUUGCGGAGCUCGCUGGAGAACCUCGCCGACGACGACGACGACAUGGCCGAGAUGGCGCAGCCCUUGGUCACCUUCCCCGACGACACGCCGGUGCCCUCGGAGGUGGGCUCGCCCACGAGGACGGUCGACACCGUCAAGUUCGAGCAGAAGACCAUGAACAACUUCAAAAAGACAAAGGUUGUGAAAGACGGGAUAAGCGCCGAGAAGGAGAGUGCAAAAUGUGCCGAAAUGAAGAAGAUCCAAGCCGGGGACGUGUCCUACGAGGAGAACAGCGCAGCGGCGUCUUCGAGGGCCCGUCUGGAAAUCGACGGUAUCUCGGCGGAGAAGAGCCAAAUGAAAGCUAAGGAGACACGGUCACUGAAAGCUGGAGAUCUUAGCCAACAAGAGUCGAAAAAUAUGGCACAGACUAAUAUGAAAGUCAAAACUGAUAAAUUCUAUACGGAGCAAACAGCAAGGGAAAGUGAACAACAACGACAAACGGUCACCUCUAGUGGUGUUUACAAUUCCGAAAAACACACCUCAUCUAGUCACUCCUACACGACCACCACCAAAGGAAUUAGCACUUCGGCAGCCACGACGUUGCGACAGAUCAGUUUACUGAACGGCAACAAAGAAGAAGAGAUCCUCAACAUGACCUGCGAGGACCUCGAGCAGCUCUCCACUACGUCCAACCCACAAGAAGUGGAGCGCGCCAUCCACAAGUACUCCUCGUACCUCGAUCAGUCAAUUAAAUGCCUCCAGAAGACCGACCAAGCGAAAAACGCCCCCCUAAUCCUCGAGAAAAUCAACGACGUGAUGCAGAAAGCCUGGGCCGUGCCGACCCACGGCCACGAACUGGGCUAUUCCCUCUGUAACGCGCUCCGCAACUGCGGCGGCCUGGACCUCCUCAUGACAAACUGCACCAAAACCGACAAGAAACUCCAAUUCGCGAGCGCCCGCCUCCUAGAACAAUGCCUAACCACCGAAAACAGGGCCCACGUCGUCGAACACGGCCUCGACAAAGUGGUCAACAUCGCCUGCGCUUGCACGAAAAACUCCAACUCCGUGGACCACUCCCGCGUCGGCACGGGCAUCCUGGAGCACCUGUUCAAGCACAGCGAGGAAACCUGCAGCGACGUGGUCAGGCUGGGCGGCCUGGACGCCCUCCUCUUCGAAUGCCGGAAGAGCGACGUGGAGACUUUGCGGCACUGCGCUGGGGCUUUGGCCAACUUGAGUUUAUACGGAGGGGCGGAGAACCAGGAAGCGAUGAUCAAUCGCAAGGUGCCGAUGUGGCUGUUCCCGCUGGCCUUCCACCACGACGACAACAUCAAAUACUACGCCUGUUUGGCGAUCACUGUCCUGGUGGCGAACGCGGAAAUCGAGGCCCAAGUGCUCCAGUCGGGCACCUUGGGGCUCGUCGAGCCCUUCGUCACGUCGCACAACCCCUCCGAGUUCGCCAGGUCGAACCUGGCGCACGCACACGGCCAGAGCAAGACGUGGCUCAAGCACCUGGUGCCGGUCUUGAGCUCCAAGCGGGAGGAGGCGCGCAAUUUGGCCGCCUUCCACUUUUGCAUGGAAGCGGGGAUCAAAGCACAGCAGGGGAACACGAAUAUUUUUGCCGAAAUUGGCGCGAUUGAAUCGCUCAAAAAAGUGGCAAGUUGUCCGAACGCCGUGGCGUCGAAAUACGCAGCUCAAGCCCUGAGGCUGAUCGGCGAGGAAGUGCCCCACAAGCUGAGCCAACAAGUGCCCCUGUGGUCGGCUGAGGACGUGGAAGAGUGGGUCAAACAGAUCGGGUUCGCACAAUACGCCCCCAGUUUUGUUGAAAGUCGGGUCGAUGGCGAUCUUUUGCUCCAACUAACGGAGGAGAAUUUACGAGAGGAUAUCGGGCUGACGAACGGAAUCAAGCGAAAGCGGUUUACCCGCGAGUUGCAAAAGUUGAAGAAAAUGGCUGAUUAUACGUCGAGGGACACGGCCAAUAUUAACACGUUUUUGCAAACGCUGGGUCCGGAGUUUAGUAUUUACACGUAUAGUUUGCUGAAUGCGGGAGUUGAGACCAAAGAAGCGCUGAGGAAUAUUUCCGAGGAUCAGUUGCUGAAUGAGUGCACAAUCACGAAUUCGAUUCACCGGUUUCGGAUCAUGGAAGGGAUCAGGCAGCUGGAAAAUGGGCUUGCGAAUUUGAAUGAGGAUAAUCUGGACAAGUCGUUGGACGUGUUUGUCAGUUAUCGAAGGUCGAACGGAUCUCAAUUAGCUAGUUUAUUAAAAGUACAUUUACAAUUAAGGGGAUUCAGUGUUUUUAUCGAUGUCGAGCGGCUGGAAGCAGGGAAAUUCGAUAAUAAUCUGCUGCAAAGUAUUCAAAAAGCCAAGCAUUUCUUGCUGGUGCUCACGCCGAAUGCGCUCGAGAGGUGCCGAGGGGACACUGAACGGAAAGACUGGGUGCAUAGAGAGAUUGUGGCAGCUUUGCAAGCUCAGUGUAACAUUAUUCCUAUCAUUGAUAAUUUUCAAUGGCCGGAAGCGGACGAAUUACCCGAAGAUAUGAGGCAAGUGUGUCACUUUAACGGAGUUCGGUGGAUUCAUGACUAUCAGGACGCUUGCGUGGACAAAUUAGAAAGGUUCAUGCGAGGCGAACUGAGCACACGUUGCACCGAAGGCGUGAAGUUUGGUAAGGGCGACAACACGCCGGGAACCCCCGCGAACCCGGUCCUGGCCCGACAGCCGCCCAGUUACCAGCGAAUGCACAGUAACGACUCCGGCAGUGGCAAAGGCUCCGACAAGGACGUGAACGGCAACACGGGACUCUCUAGGGAUUGACUAGAUGGUCCCCUUGCCUCGGGCCCCCCAACUCCGCUGCCAAGUUCUUUCUUGCAGGUUUUAUAAGACCGCUAGUCCGUCGCGGAACUGGAUUAUGAACACGAGUCGAUACCCGCGGGGCUUGCCCCCGCAGUACCCCUACAACCGGCGCGGUUCCAACAGCCCGUCGGGCCUCCUGGGGGCCGGGAAGCCCCCCACCCCGAAUAGGUCUCGCAGUCUCGAUGGCCUUCUGGACUCGGAACCGACUUGUGCAGCUUCAGACGCAACUAUAAGCGAACCCACUCCGUCCCAAAACACGAAAAGUUGUGACGAUUUAGAUAAAGAUUUCGACGAACAGACUGAAGACGUUAAUUUAAGUGUAAAUAACCUGGACGUCGAUAAAGUUUCGAUACAGAGCGGUUCAAGUGAUUCGAAACGAAAACGAAAUUUCAUGGACCGAUGUGUCAGUAAAGUGAGAUCUCUUAUUAAAAAAUAAGUCGCUGGCGUGUAAACUAUAUUAGUGAAUUAUUGUAUUUUCGUACACAUGAUGUCAAAGUGAUAUAAUUUUAUUUAUUAUUGUACCUAUUUGUUAUUUAUAAUUGCUGGAUUCCGAAUCCGUUUUAAUGUGUGAGGGACUGCUUGCGAAAGCGAGCCCUUUUUAUUUUUUUAACGGCAACUAAAUUACUUAGUACAAAAUUGUGCUUUUAUAUGAAAUGUGAUCAUUAUGCAGCCUUUUAAAGUCGCUAUGACUUAUUUUUCGACACUUUAUUAGGGUAAGGAGUACAUUAAAAUAAUGUAUAAGGUUUCAUGUUUAAUACGUACAGUUUAUUGUACCAAGCUUGCCUCAGUAAGCAGUAUUGGUAACGUUCUGACAAUGCAUCAUUGCCUUCUUGUUCGAAAAUAUCGAUGUGCGGAAUUAACACAUUUACUAGUAUUGUAAUGUUGUUUUUUAUGUUAUAUUUAAAAAUAUAUUUUAUUAAGACACAA